AUGCUCUGCGAUGGACGCCACUUACCUUCGCAUAGAUCGUUGUUGCUAUUGCUGAUUGCCGUUGGAAUUGCUACUUCUUCUGUUGUGGAACUCACCGACCUUACUUUCGAUAAUGUUGUAUUGGCUCCUGAAGCAGGAGUUUGGUUUAUACGCUUCUAUGCGCCUUGGUGCGGCCAUUGCAAAGCCCUCAAGCCUACGUGGGAUGAAGCUGCCGAGAAACUGAAGGGCCAGGUUCACUUCGGAGAUGUGGAUGCAACUGAGGAAACGGGAUUGAGUAAGCGCUUUAGAAUUCGAGGAUACCCUACCGUAUUGCUGUUUAGUGAAGGCAAAUACUAUGCUUUUGAUGGAUCGCGUACUGUACAAGGUCUUGAGGAUUUCUCGCUUCAUCUAUACAAAAUGAAGCAAUCAAAACCUGUCCCUGCCAUGCCUAACAUUGUGUCCAUUCUCUUUGAUAAAUACUCCCUCAAGGCCAAUACUUACUUGUUCCAGCACCCGCUGUUCACUUGUUCUCUUCUUCUUGUCAUUGGACUGGUUUUCGGCAUUGCUGUCACGCUUCUGAUUUUGGAAAUCGCCCAAUCCUACAAAUAUCCGGAGAUUUCGGGAGAAGAAGAAGAAAUUGAGGAGGAAGUUACUGCACCUGAAGAGAAGGAGGUGAAAGAAGAGAUGAUGGAAUAAGUCGGAUUUGUGUUGGUUAAGACUUUGUCUGUUUUCUAAAAUAAAUGUUGCGAUGAGACUGUGCUAGUGUUAUUUGGAUCAAUAAUUAUCAUCCUCAAGUUCCAAACUGCUGCUUUAGCUAUCGAACCAAAAAUAGUUGAAAAAAGCUAAAUACCAAGAUCCCAAUCCAAAAAGCGAAUUGAAUGAAAUGAAAGACUCGCAGAAUGGAUAUCCUCAUCAAUGCGCAAAUUCAUUUGGUAACCAAGGUUCUAGAACGAAAGUCUUCGAGAACAGGGAUCCGUAAAGUAGUUCAUGAUAAUUAUGAACAACUGAAACUCUAACGAUCAAGAUCCUUUUUGUAUCAUAAUUUUUCUUAUCUUUUGAAGACUACAAUGGGCAAAAAGGAAAUGGAUAGACAUCUGUCGCGCAAUGGCGCUACAAAGGAAGUGAAGAAAGGAGGUGCUGGAGGAAAGUACACUUGGGGAAAGCCUGGUGAUGAGUAUCUUGCCGAAGAUAUGCCACUGGACAAGAAUGAUCCCGCCUAUGUUUCGCCUCAGGAAGAGGAAAAGUAAACAUCGAGUUAGCCAGCGCUAUAAUUUAUGAGUUGUACAAUA